AGUGGGUGUGCUCCUCUGAGCCAUAAAGACAGGGCAUGCAGAUAGUAUGUGUGUGGCUUAGAGCGAUAGGCAGGUUUAGUUAAAGAAGUGAAACAAAACUUGAGUAGGAAGCAUGUUACGUAAUAGUUUCUUCACCCAGAUAAGUAGCUGAAGAGGAACUUUAACUCAACUGCUGUUCAAAGAGGAAUGAGACAGGAAUUGAAGGAAGGCCCAGAAAUAAAGGCAUUAGCAGCUGUUUCAAAGCAUCGGCGUUAUAGGAAGAGAGAGAGAGAGAGAGAGAGAGAGAGAGGGAGCAAGCAGCAGAGAAAGAGGCAGAGAGGAAGACAGCAGGAGUAGAAAACAAGAGAGGGGAGAGGCUGCUUUCAUUCAGUGCUAAGCCUGUUAGUCAUCUUACUGAAGGCUUCCAGCGUCAGCACAAUGGGAAAAUCAGCCUCGAAGCAGUUUGCUGGGGAGAUGCUGCAGUGCCAUAAUGACUACAGGAAGAAGCACCAGGCUCCUCCAAUGAAGCUGAGCAGCAAGUUAAGCAGAGAGGCUACCCGUUAUGCUGAAAGUCUGGCCAGUACACGGAUCCUAAAACACAGUGAAGCGUCCAGUAGAGGGAGCUGUGGAGAGAACCUUGCAUGGGCCUCCUAUGACCAGUCAGGAAAGGAUGUUGCAGACCGCUGGUAUGACGAAGUGAAACAGUACAACUUCAAUCGUUCCGGAUUCUCCUCUGCAACUGGCCAUUUCACAGCGAUGGUGUGGAAGAGCAGUAAUAAGCUGGGUGUCGGUAAGGCCACUGCAUCAGACGGGUCUUCCUUCGUGGUUGCCCGGUACUUCCCUGCUGGGAAUAUCACUAACCAGGGACACUUUGAAAACAACGUCCUCCCAGUUAAAACCACCACCUAAUGAUGUAUAAAUCCGCAACACUUGACAGGAGAGUCUGAGGUUAUCUACCUGUACUGCUAUGAAGAAUAGUCUGGAGAACACCAUUCCUUGCCAAGUAGAGAUCUGUACAAUCUUGUAUGGAUUUUGAAAGAUGAAAUACUCUGGUUUAAAAUAUGCUACAGUGUUUAGAAAAAAAAGAAGCACUUCUGUUUGACAUUGCUAACAAAACAUUCCCAGUGACCAUUUGGGUUGUUUAUUUGGUCAUUUACCUUGCCUGUGACAGUAUUUCAUUAAUUAAUGCAAAUACUUUUAUAUUUUCACACACUGAAAUACAUCAUAGCCUCACAUCUGUAUUUGAUGAAGAAUGGGAGCUAAGUCAGUCAAAGGGAGAGGCUUUACGCAUUUACAUGUCAUUGCUUGUAAUUUAAAGCUGGUGCCUCAACAUUCUUGUUAUAUGUUUGUGUUAUUGCCACAACCUGCCAAAGCAGAACCCUGCAGUCCCAAUAAUGUGUUUUUUAUUCUAAUCAGUUUUGUACAAUAAAGUUGAUAGAUUGUCAGAAAUGCAUUUGGCAUCUGUCUCUGCA